UCGGCACGUGCAGAUCAAUCCAGCUGCGCAUAGGCUACUUGUUUGUUGACUAAUUUGGUACAAGGAACUCAAUGCUUUUAGUUGUAUCGACUGUCUGAGCACACUCGUCUACUUGAAUCCAGAUGCCGCUAAUGUAGGAAUAAACGCCAUUCAAUUGGCCCCUCUCCGCUUUCUACUUCCCAACUUUGCCUCUGAUACUAUGGUUCCUAAAAUAGACUUUAAUUCCGUUAUAAUUUUAUUGUCUGCAACUCGCUGUCUCGAAGUUGAAAAGUGAAACGUCCAAUGUCGGUUCUGAAAGCUGUAACCAAAGUUUCUCAAAUUAGACACGAGCUCGUGCUUCGGGGAUGAGUCAUUGACAUGCCAUCUUAGGCUGGCUGCAGAAAUUAAAUUCCAGACAGGGCUGCAUUUUUCUUUCCACGCCGACCGCGCAUGGAAAGUUUGAACAGCACAGUAGGCUAGCCUUGUCGAAUAUCCUCGCCGCCGUUUCAAAAAACAAAAGGAGAGAAGAAAAAGCGGAUAGGUACGUACGAUAUGCUGGAAGAGGGAGAAAAAGGCACCUCGUGGUGAUUAUUUAGGGUGCUUCCCGUCUUGGAUUUAUGGCGUGCAGCUGUUAGUUGUCUGACAGACGUAAGGAGGUCUCGAAAACCGUCGCUGCUCAGAAGCCGAGUUUCCAGUAUAGAAGCGGCGCCCUUACAGGAGACAACGCACAUGUGCUUAUAUCUUUGAAGGACUCUUGACAUUGGAGCUUCUUCAAUAAGCGAGUUCUAAAGCAAUCAGUCUGGGAUAUAAUGGAUGUUUCAUUGCUAAAAGCCGGCUUAAAUUGAUAGCAAAUGGUGCGGGAGCAGUACAUCAGGACGACCCUGGACUCCAGUCUGCCGGACCUCAGCCCGGACAUCUACACGAUUGGGAUCUAUGGCUGGAGGAAGCGUUGCCUGUACCUCUUCGUCGUCCUCCUCGUCGUCAUCCUGGUGGUGAACUUUGCCCUGACUAUAUGGAUCUUCAGGGUCAUGUGGUUCAACGCGAAUGGGAUGGGCCACUUACAAGUCAAUUCAGACGGGGUGAGGCUGGAGGGCGAGUCUGAAUUCCUAUUCCCACUGUACGCCCAGGAAAUUCACUCCAGAGAGGACUCGUCUCUUGUCAUAACCUCUCCUGAAAAUGUCACUGUUGCCGCCCGCGACGAAAAUGGGAACGUGACCGGAAAGCUGUUUGUGGGUCCAGACCAGGUAGAGGCAUUUGGGCAACACUUGAAGAUAACCUCAAACACCGAUGAGAUGCUGUUCACUGCCAGUGAGGCUGAGGCUGUUGUUGGGGUGGACAAGCUGCGUAUCACUGGACCAGAAGGCGCCCUGUUUGAACACUCCGUGGAGACGCCCCUGGUCAGAACAGACCCUCUCAAAGACAUUCUGCUGGAGUCGCCCACCCGGUUCCUGAGUAUGGACGCACCCAAGGGGGUCCACAUCAAAGCUGUGGCGGGACACAUCGAAGUCGCCUCAAACGAGAACAUUCUGCUGCACGCCAUGGACAAAAUGCUGCUCCUGGAUGCUGAGACGGUGCGGCUGCCGAAGCUGCCCCAGGGGGUGGCAGGCGUGGCCGGAGGGAACACCCAGGAGCUCUACGAGGUCUGCGUGUGCCCCACCGGAAAGCUGUACAUAUCCAGGGCCAGCAUGACGUCUACUUGUGACAGGAAACAAUUAUGCUAGAGGGCAGCACCGCCCCCCACCCGCGCCCCACCGACCCUGGCCUGGCCGCGCCCUCUCUGGAGACAUCCCACUUUGAGGAGACUCUUUAACACCUCUGUUUCUGUGAAUCGUGCUCCGUUAGGUGAUAGAUGUAGCUUUUAGACCUCAAACUUCAGACACAGAUAGAACUUUAAAUCCUGCCCAAAAAAAACAUUCAUUGUUUUAAACCAUUUUUUAGGGAAAAAUAACAAUUUUUAGUCACCAUUGACAGAAUUUGUCAGAAACAGAGGGACUGAGUUGCAAGCUUAGUCUUGCCUUAAUAUGGUUGCCGUAGUAACAUAACAUUUGCCCGGAUGGGGGUGUGGCCUCGGCCCAGAUCGUGUGUUGCGUUCACACACCAUUUAACUGUCGGAAAGAAGAUAUUUUAUACCACUCUGUACAUGGAUCUGCCCUGCAGUGACAGGCUGGCAGUAGAUACAUAUGUAAACAUUUGCAGUGACCUUUUCUAAAACAUUUUCAUUUGAUAGUUUUUUCUGAAUGAGGGCUGGGUAAUUUGGAGCUGGCAACAGCUCACAUUCUAUGCAAUAUGUUGUUUUUUGUGGUGCAAUAAUGCUGAGGGUGUAUUCGAAUUCAGUACUCAUACAGGUUAUUGUGGAUGCACAUUGAUACGUAUAUGCACAAUAAAAGCACAAUUCAUAAUAGUUUUUACCUUCAGACAGAAUAAAAAAACAGAGGUUCUUGUACAAGAAUGGGCUGGUGGCAUUUGUUCUACUGGAUGACAGAAUUUUCACACAAAAUAUAUGCUGCAUAGUGGACUCAAUGCGUAUUUGAAAUAUAACUCCGUAGAUACGUCAAUAACAUGAGGAAAGCAGUCUUGCAGAUCCCUGAGGCUUUUCAAAUAAAUAUGUCUAUUGCCAGUUGAAAGAGGAAUUUGGACAAAAAAUGGAGUAAAUCUGUCAUGGUCAAAGUAGUUCAAAUGCAUAUUUGACCCAGUUCAGCUACUUAGUGCCAUAACAUAAUGCCACAAUAUUGUAUCAUUCAGAAACUUUUCAGCAUUUAACAGCAUGACUGAACUUCCUUUAAGACUUGACCAAGGUUUUACCUUCAGCUUUUGGAAGGUGUUGCAGAUUUGAUUUCGUUAUUGAACAUAAGAUUAAAAACGUGCCUGCAUACAAACAACAAGCAAGCCACAGGUCA